AGGGUUCCCCUCUAGCCGCCAGGCUUUCGUUUCUCUACUGCUCUCCGCCGCAGUUACUGGCAAGACGUGGAGCCGGCUUGGGGGCGGGCCUUCCGGCAAAGGGGGCACGCGAGAGAGGAAGGUCACGACGAGGGCCUCUUGCUCCUUGCUGCCGCAGAAAUGUCCUCACUUUCAGAAUAUGCCUUGCGCAUGAGUCGUCUGAGUGCCCGGCUGUUCGGUGAGGUUGCCAGGCCUACUGAUUCCAAAUCCAUGAAAGUGGUGAAACUGUUUAGUGAGCAGCCUUUGGCCAAGCGGAAGGAGACUUAUGACUGGUAUCCAAAUCACAACACUUACUUUGCCCUCAUGGGGACACUGCGUUUUCUUGGCCUCUACAGAGACGAGCAUCAGGACUUCAAGGAUGAGCAGAUGCGUCUAAAGAAGCUUCGUGGAAAGGGCAAACCAAGGAAAGGAGAAGGGAAAAGAGCCACGAAAAAGAAAUAGUGUUGGCCCAUCAGGAGAGAAACCUUCCACCUCAGCAACGGAGAGCAGAAGGUGUAUUUAUGCCUUUUCUGUAUGAGGGGCGGACGCUUCCUGAGCCGAAGAGUUUCUGCGGAACACUCAUCUCGGCGUUGAAGCCUGAUCCAGUUUAGUUGUGACUGGUGUUUUGAACACAUUCUAAUUCUGCGCAAUUGUUUUGGCCUUGGUUUACCUCGUUCUCUAAAGAAAUGAAUACAUAAA